UACCCAGCAAUUGCUAGUUUGCGACUCCAGAAUCUUCUGUUCAUCUCUCUCAUCCAUAUCUUCUUCUGCUUCCUUGGUCUUCUUCCGCAUCCACCAUACCUUGUUCGAAGUCGAGAGGCCGCGUGAGAAGAGCUGCCUUGUGAGACCCGAGAGUCAGUGAGAGAUGGCCGGGAUUGGACCGAUCAGGCAGGACUGGGAGCCGGUCGUGGUGCGGAAGAAGGCGCCGACGGCCGCCGCCAAGAAGGACGAGAAGGCCGUCAACGCCGCCCGCCGCUCCGGCGCCGAGAUCGACACCACAAAAAAGUACAACGCGGGGACGAACAAGGCGGCGUCCAGCGGCACAUCCCUCAACACCAAGCGGCUCGACGAGGACACAGAAAACCUAGCCCAUGAGCGUGUCUCGAGUGACUUGAAGAAAAACCUCAUGCAAGCAAGACUGGAUAAGAAGCUGACCCAAGCACAGCUUGCUCAGAUGAUCAAUGAGAAGCCACAGGUGAUCCAGGAGUAUGAAUCAGGCAAGGCAAUUCCAAACAAUCAGAUCAUAGGGAAGCUUGAGAGGGCUCUUGGAGCUAAGCUGCGUAACAAGAAAUAAUGUUCCUGGAGUAUGCCCUGGGGCAUAGGUGAAGAAGCCAUGCCGGUCUGUUUGCUUAUUACCUAUGCUAGGUUCUAAAGUUCAUGCAGGUUGUUCCUGUUUCAUGCAUGAGUGAAUACUGAAUAAUUGUGUUUGUCACAGAACUUGGCUUUGUAUGUCCCUAGUGUGCAAGAGUUGGGUUGAACCUGCAAACUGACAUGAUAGCUUGUGUGGUUUAUGCGUGAUGUUCAUUACUGGUAUAUCUAGCACCUUGAAACCGGUAUGAUCUGUUUACUU